GAAACACUAGUCAAACGUCAAAACCAAUAUCACAAAAUUUUCAGUAGUGCGAAUUGUAAUAUCAAAGUUAUCAAUAUAUUUAUGUAAAAUACUUAAUUAAAAUGCCGCUAAUACGUUCAGCCAACUUAAAUUUAUUUAUUGAGAUCAUCGUGCGGUUAAUAUUGAUGUCCGCCUUUUGUUAUAUGGAAACAAUGGAGCCGUUCACCCGUGUAAUUCAGAAAGCUGAACUGGAAUCGGACUUCAUGUACCCUCACAUGGAGUCAUACGUACCCGGGGGAGCACUCUGGGCUAUAGUUCUGUCGGUACCGUGCACAUUGUCACUCAUCGCUUGGGCUGGCUGCAAUGAUUGCAAUGAUGCGUUCGAGAUUUUAUUAUCAUGGUCUUUAGCGCUCGGAAUAAAUGGAGUCCUGACGGAUAUGAUGAAACUUAUUGUUGGGCGACCUCGACCCGAUUUCUACUACCGUUGUUUUCCGGACGGCGUUGAGACCAAGUACCUGCAAUGUACCGGAGAUGCUACUGAAAUUAUGGAGGGCAGAAAGUCGUUCCCUAGUGGGCAUAGCAGCUUAUCGUUCUGUUCGCUCGGCAUGGCAUCGGCGUGGCUCUGCGGUCGGUUAGGCGUGCUAUCUCGACGAAGAGGCAGCGGCCUGAGAGUCGUCACGUGUCUCCUACCUCUCAUGGUGGCUGGCUGUGUCGCUCUGUCCAGGAGUUGUGAUUAUCAUCAUCAUUGGCAAGAUAUACUCGUGGGAUCUAUACUAGGGUUUACAGUAGCUAUAUUUUGCUACCGACAGUAUUACAAUCCCCUAUCCUCUGACUUAGCAGGUAUCCCUUACAUCGUUUCUUGCGUUAACUCAGCUAAAUAUGUCAAUGGAAAACCUGAUUCUCCCUCAAAAGACCCAAAAGAAGAAUCUCCAUUACUCAACAGCAAAAAAGAUGAUAAAUGGAUAUAAAUAUUAGGUAAUAUUGUUAGUUACGGGUUUAAAUCUUAAAGUACGUAAGUACUGUUUUUUUAAGCCGGCCUUAUACUUGUAAGUUGUACUCGCGUAAGCGACUUACUGUUAAAUUAUAAAUGCUACUACACAUUUAUAAAACGCUGAUUAAACGAAUCGCCAAUUCUAAUCCGAAUCGGUCCUAAUGUUAUAUACUUUGUAUUUCUGUUAAAGCCUGCUAUUAUCAUUUCCAUUAUCAUUACAUCUAUUGUUUUCGCUCCUCUGUCCGUCCGUCCGUUCGUCUGUCACCAGGCUGUAUCUUAUGAACCGUGAUAGUAAGAGAGUUGCCAUUUUCACGUGUGAUGUCGUUGUGUUGCCGCUAUAACAACAAAUGCUAAAAACUAGAUAUUUAGGGGGGCUCCUAUACAACAAACGUGAUUUUUUGCUCAUUUUAAAUAAUGGUAUGGAACCCUUCGUGCGCGAGUCCGACUCGCACUUGGCCGGUUUUCUUUAUUACCGGUCUAUAUUUGACUAGCUUCCGCCCGCGGACUAACUAUGUACCAAAUUUUAUUAAAAUCAUUUCAGUGGUUUAGUCGUGAAAGCGUAACAGACAUACAGACAGAGUUACUUUCGCAUUUAUAGUAGGGAUUAUACGUAUUUUCGAUUAUCCUAAUCGCCCUCAGUUCAUUAAUUUGGAUAAUUAAUCGGCAUUCUACUAUAAAACACUCCGUAAUAGCUUACAAAAAUCUCUCAGAACAACUUACAACUUACAUAAGUUGCUAGCGUGACUUACAAGUGUAAUGUCGGUUAAGUUAAAUAUAUUUUUGAAUCUUAAAUCUUGAUUUUGUGUUUUUUUUUUCAUAGAAGACAAGAUUUAUAGCGCUGAUUUCUCUUUCUAUUAUUUUAAAUUGCACUUGAAAGAGAAAAAUAUUUAUUUGGCAUAGACUCCACCAAAUUGGACCGGAGGAGUUUUUAAGCAACCAAUAGAAUUUCGUUAUUGUAACACCAACAAGGUGGACAGACAACCUUAUAAAGGUCGCCGUCGACGCUGGAUGCAGGUCGCCUCCAACAGGUAUCUGUGGAGAUCUAAGGGGGAGGCCUAUGUUCAGCAGUGGACGUCCGCCGGCUGAGAUGAUGAUGAUGAUUGUAACACUCCACCCACUCAGUAGUAUAGAAGUUAGCGAAGGAAUUCUUAUGGUUGUUCAAAAACUAAACCGCUCUAUUUUAAAAGAUAUUUGUAUCAAAAGAAAUUUCUAGGUUUUUUAUAUAUUUUUUUGGAUUUAUGACGCCAGAAUUACGCGUAAUAUUUUUGAAAAAUAAAUCUCAAAAAUUAUUUGAAGUCUCUAAAAUGGAUCAUUAAUUCUUAAUUCAUGUGUUUAAGCCAAAUGGUUAAAAUAGCCAUUCAAUAAAAUGGCUAAAAGUUCAAUUGUUGUAGUGUUAAACGUUUUGAGCAUCUCUAUUACGGGUAGUCAGAAGCCAGUAAGUCUGACACCAGUCUAACCAAGGGGUAUCGGGUUGCCCGGGUAACUGGGUUGAGGGGGUCAGAUAGGGCAGUCGCUCCUUUUAAAGCACUGGUACUCAGCAGAAUCCGGUUAGACUGGAAGCCGACCCCAACAUAGUUGGGAAAAGGCUCGGAGGAUGAUGAUGACAUAAGUGAUUGAAUGACGUUGUUUAGUAAAAGGGCUAGCUUUUUAACUGAACGGCUAUUUUUAACCAGUUGGCUGCUUGUUUUAUAGAAAUGUGGAGGUUAAAUAAGUACUUAGUAUUUUUUCGCAUUCCAAUAAAAUUCCUGUGUUUUAAAAGUACCCAUUUGGUACUAAAAGUACCUACUUAUUGUCUUAGAAGUACAUAAUAGUUUUUUUUAGAUAUAUUUAAAAUCUUAGGUCAAUUUUUAAUUCUAUACACAACAAAUAAUAGUGUUAGCAAGCACGGCUGUAGAACAGAAUUAAGUAGAUUCUAUUCCCGUGUCGGGUAAAAAACUUAUAGAGGACGACAACACAUCAGCCUACCUCAAUCUAUCAAAUUACUUUAAUCGAUUUUCAACCUUUCAGUUUUACCAAGGGGUAUUGGGUUGCCCGGGUAACUGGGUUGAAGAGGUCAGAUAGGGCAGUCGCUCCUUGUAAAGCACUGGUACUCAGCUGCAUCCUGUUAGACUGGAAGCCGACCCCAACAUAGUUGGGAAAAAGGCUCGGAGGAUGGAUGAGAUUUUCAACCUUAUCACAAUAGUGGAAGGUUAAUGUUCAAUUGGUAACAUUUGACAGAUUUGGGUAGGUUAACCUGCUGGCGUCUGUACAUAAUAAUGUACAGUCAACUUCAGGUCAGUGGUAACAGUUUUAUAGGAAAAUCGUACUUAUUACUAUCGAGUUAAGGUGCAUGACAGUUACCACUGAUGUGCAGUCUACCGUACUACUUACCUUUUUUCUGUAUCUAUGAUUGGAACCUAAAAAGAAACUUUUUCAUACAUUCUUCUUUUAUAUUGCAUUGUUUGUGAUAUUCAUUUAUUUAAAUAUAAUUAAGUCUCUAAGACCCAGUUGCACCAUUUAACUAUAACGAUAACCAAACCAUAACCAGCCGUAUACUUGCCGCGCAUUGCUCACAUCGGCGAUUUGACUACUGAAAAUGGUUCGGUUAUCGUUAUACUUAAACGGUGCAACUAUGUCUUAAUAGUUACCCAAUAACGAAAUAAUAUACUUUGUGUUCAAAUUGUUAAGUCAGUUUUUAAUAUUAUUUAAAAGUUCCUGAUUUGAUAGUCUAGCUAGGUUUUUUUUUAAAUAAUACCGAAUUAUUUUUUUAUUUUCAAAUUUUAAUUGUAAGUUUUGCUCGCGUAAGUGGCUUACGUUGACUUACUAUUUUACAAAUUAAAAUAUCUUCGUUAGUCGCCUAUUCCAGUGAGGCCUACCAGGGCCAAAGCCUGCCGGGGCUGCGGAAUUGUUCGCGCGAGUUACCGCGGCCCUGGUACAUAAAGGGAUUUUUUUAUGGGAAAUCAUCAAAUGAAUCCUCCUGCUUAUAGGUUAGCAGCGGUGAGGGAGUGUCAGACUCUUACUGACUAAACACCGUCGUGUUCCGUCGUAGGCCUUUUAUGUACCAGGGCCGCGCGAACAAUCCCGCAGCCCGUACAUAAAGGGCUUAAGAAGGAACAUGGUGGGUUUUAGUCAGUAAGAGUCUGACACUCCCUCACGCUGCACCCACAGCGGAAGGGGUCAUUUGAUGAUAUCCUAUUAGAAAAAAAGUCGCUUACCGUAUUUUUUUUGGACUUCUUACACUUACGAAAGUUACUAACUUAAUUUUUAUGGAAGCAACAAACAUUGUAAAGUCAGGUUAAAAUCAAUCGGUAAGUUAAUAAGACCGAUUUGCCAUAAAAAUGGAAAUUAAGUACAAACAAAAAACGAUUGUUUUAGGUACUUAAAAGUUUUUUUAUUUAGUUAAUUUUUACAUUUUAAUAUUAAUUAUUAGUUCAAUUAUAUUGUUUUUAUUUUAUUUUAGCGAAAUUGUUUAGAUUAAUCAUGUUGUAAUUUAUUAAAAAAUCUAUAUGUAUAUUUAGUUCAAUUUUUUUUCAAAUGGUUGCUUUUUUAUAUUAUUUCUAGCAUAAUAUUAGAUUUAGUUAAUAUUUAAAUAUUUUUGUUGUGUCAUACAUGAUUUUAAAUGUACAAAUUGUUGUGGUCUCAUUUGUUUUGAUAUUGUAUUAAAUUAGUUUUUGAUAUUGAAAAACUGUUUUCUGUAGACAGACUUGGCUCAAUUUACAUGCAAAUGGAAAGCCAAAACUGCAAGGGUCCGUUCAGACAGACCGGCUUGGAGAGCAUCGGCGCGCAUUUUUCUUUUCACACAGACCGGAAUCGGCUCCGAUCGGCUCCGUUCAGUUAAAAGAGCAUGCAAUCGGAGCCAAAUCUGCAAGCCCGAGAAAAAGUACCUACACGAUCGGAGCCGAUCGGCUCUUCUUAUUAUUUCACACCGAGCGCCUUCGAGCAUUCUUAAUGACAGAAGCAGUGCACAAGCAAAAAUAACCUUACUACAAAUACUGAGUAGGUACUCGAUUUUCAUAGUAUUAAGAAUUUACUCUCCGAGCCGGUCUGUCUGAACGGACCCUAAAUUUCUGAGUCCCGGCUGUCAUUUGAACUGAUAGAAAGCCCAAAACUUUUUUGGUCUUACUACAAAAACUUAAACAUGUGUCUUGUCUAAAUAAAUUGUGGCUGCAAAAUGGACCUUAUUUCAACGUCAAAAUCUGACAUUUUUUUAGACAAGUCUUAAACUAUCGUUUAAAAGUUUUUGAGGUAAGACGGUUUGUGUCUCGUAAUUUGUUUCAUGGACCAGUUUAUUAGUUUAUUUCAAAAAUGUUUUCUAUUCCAUUCCGGUGUUAAUUGAGCUUAAGCCUAAAUAUUUUCAAAAUGUAUUUUUUUUUUACUACAAAAUGUGCAUUCCAACUUCUUGUCCAAUAAAAUUAAAUAAAAAUGAUAUUAAAAUUGUGGAACUAUUUGUUUUUGCAUGACUAAGGGUUAAGUUCAGUUGUGGCGCGAACUCGAUAUAUUUAUAUUUGUUACCUAUUUUAAUGCUUAUUAUUGUUGUGUGAUUAAUAAUUAAUUUUAUAUUGUGAUAAUUAUUUAGAUUUAAGACAAAUAUAUCAUUCAAUGAUAAAAAAUCUUUUUCGAUUUGAAAUUUUUCAAACUAUUAAUGUAAUUAUCUUCUGUUCUAUUCAAAUACACAAUUUUGGAGGCACAUGUACAUAAUUUUGAACUGUCCUCAUAAACAUAGAUUUAGAGAUGUCCAAAAUAUCAUAUUAUUUAUUUAAAUUAAUAUAUUAUUGAUGUGAAAAUGUUAAUAUUUUGACGAAAUUCCUAUAAAAAUAAACAUUCUGAAUAA